AUUUAAUACACUUUUGCUUUUUAAAUAAUUUAAUAUUUGUAUUUAGAUAUUAUUAAAACUAAUUAUUUAUAUUUUUUGAAUAUUGAAAUAUUACAAAUUAAUAAAUAAUACAAUAUGAAAUUGUUGAUGUUUUUUAAUAAUAGCAUUAUUUUGAUUUAUUCAAUAAUAAUAUUGUUAUUUAUAGAAAUUGAUCAAUAUGAAUCGGCUAAACAAUUACCAUGCAACAAUAAUACCAUCAACAAAGUGGAUGCCAUUAUUAACAAAAUUAAUCCAAUCGGGAAUCCCGACCAUACCUUUCCCGAGACACUACCCGAUGCUAUGAAAAGCUGCAAACAAUUACUGAAGCCAUUAACAACUUUGGAUGAUCUUAACAAACGAUGUAUGAAAGGUAUGAUGAAAGAAGUGGUCGGAAUUGUCUUAUAUUCGGUCAAAAAAAAGAGACGAUCCAUGUGUAAGAAAUCACCGACCGCUGAGCUCAGGGAGUUAACUGAUUCCGCAAAAUGCAUUAACAAAGGCAGAUCAGGUGUCGAAAAGUGUGCCAAUAAAUCAUUGGAUAGAUUUAUGGCUAUGAAAAAUGUAGACAAUGAUCUCAAAAUACCACUUGUUUGUUGUGAAAUUGGUAAAACUAAAAAAUGUAUGCUUGAUCAUUUGAGUACUGUCGACAUUUGCACCGACCAUCACAAGGAGGUACUGGUCGGCCAUUUUAAUGGUCUAAGUGGUGGUGCACUUAAGUUGGCCUGUAAUGACUAUCAAGACGAUAGUGAUAAAUGUCAUAAACUGCAGUCCGUUAAACUCAAUGUAAGGUCGGGUCAAAACAAGUAUAAGUCAUUGGUUUUAGCGGUUAUACAGUUGUUUGAAAGCAUUGAUAAAAAUUGAUAUUUAUGUCAAAAAUAUUUAAAUUUUGUUAUAUUGUAUAAAACAACAACAAAAACAAAAAAUAUUUUAGACAUUUUCAAGGCAUUCAUAUAAUUCAAGUGAAAGAAUUCAAAUAAGACAAGUAUUUAAAUUUAAAUUU